CUCACCUGUUUCCCUCUGCUCCUCUCACUCAGUCAUUUCUGCUCAGCUCAGUCUGUUUCCCGCAGGUCUUCGCUCUUUACUCUUCGUCUUUUCAUCACUUUGCAUCCCUCCACCUCUCGCCACCAUGAGUCUGAGUCGUACCAAGAGAAUCAGCUCCAGCAGCUCUGUGAGGAGCAGCAGUGCGUCCAGGAGGCUGAGCGGCUACGGUCCAGGUCAGGGGGGCUUCACCGGCGUCUCCCUGAGCAGCAGUUCUCUGUACACGGGCGCCAACGGGCAUCACCACGGCCUGGGUGCCCCCCUGGCGUCCCUGUCGGUCAACAAGAGCCUGCUGGCCCCCCUCAACCUGGAGAUCGACCCCAGCCUGUCGAUGAGCCGAGCCCACGAGAAGGAACAGAUCAAGAGCCUCAACAACCGCUUCGCAAGCUUCAUCGACAAGGUGCGUUUCCUGGAGCAGCAGAACAAGAUGCUUGAGACUAAGCUGGAGCUGCUGCACGGUCAGGGGGUGGGCCGCUCCAACGUGGAGCCCCUGUUCGAGGCCUACAUGGCGGGACUGAGGCGCCAAAUGGACCUGGUCAACAACGACAAGACCAAAUUGGACGGGGAGCUGAGGAACAUGCAGGGCCUGGUGGAGGACUAUAAACACAAAUACGAGGACGAGAUUAACAAGAGAAACAACCUGGAGAACGACUUUGUUAUCCUGAAGAAGGAUGUAGACUCAGCCUACCUGGUGAAGGCAGAUCUGGAGGAUAAAGUGGGAGCUCUGAGUGACGAAAUCAACUUCCUGCGCAACGUCUACGAUGAGGAGCUGCGUGAGCUGCAGGCCAGCAUCAAGGACACGUCGGUGGUGGUGCAGAUGGACAACAGCCGCAGCCUGAACAUGGAGCAGAUCGUGGCUGAGGUCAAAUCCCAGUAUGAGGACAUCGCAGCCCGCAGCCGGGAGGAGGCAGAGGCCUGGUACAAGAGCAAGUUCGACCAAAUGUCGGUGCAGGCCACUCAGUUUGGAGACGAGCUCCGCGUUGUGAAGGGGGAAGUGGCCGAGGUCACCCGACUGAUCAGCCGGCUGCAGAGCGAGAUAGAGGCCGUCAAAGCUCAGCGUGGCAGCCUGGAGAACCAGCUGGUUGAGGCGGAGGAGCGUGGGGAGCUGGCUGUGAAAGAAGCCAAGGCCCGAACCAGAGAUCUGGAGGACGCCCUGCAGAGAGCCAAGCAGGACAUGGCCAGACAGCUCCGAGAGUACCAGGACCUGAUGAACCUGAAACUGGCUCUGGACAUUGAGAUCGCCACCUACAGGAAGCUGCUGGAAGGAGAGGAGGACAGACUGGGACAACAGUCCAUCCUCAACAUUCACUCCGUCUCCAGCUACAGUACUAAAAGUACUAACGGGUACCACAGUAACAGCAGCUCUCCUGCUCCAAAGCUGCUGAUAAAGACGACUGAGACCAGAGAUAACAGCAGAUACAGCACACACUGAGCAACACACACACACACACACACACACAUCUCUAAAUGUGUGGGGUGCAUUUAAUUACUAACUUUUACUUGAUUUUAAAAAUUCAUAAUCUAAGCAUAAAACACAAACACUGGAACUAGAACUGGUGAUUCUAACAUCAUAUAUCAAUAUUUCAGUGUGUUGAUUGUAUUCUUUAGGGUUGAUGAUGAAUAGUUGACUGCUGCUUCAUUGUCAAUGAUCAUUUAAUCUGUGAUGAGACUAAGAAAAUAAAAAUAUUGUAGUCUUGUAGAUAUUUCUGGGAUAUAUUAUACACGCUGUACUUGUGAUAUAGGGUGUGUCCAUGUUUUGUAUCCAACACAAAGUUGUUUUACACCAAGAAUCUUUUGUGGAAAUUUGCUUUUUGAGAUUGAUGCAGGUAAACUUGUCAUAUCUGUCUACAGAUGUGUUCCCUGAGGUUUGAGUUUCUCUUAGUUUCUUUUCUGGUUCUUUACACAAACAUAAUAAACAUUAAUAAACAA